AACUUCGACGGUUUCCAUUUUCCGAGUUUGUAGCGCUGAAACCCUACAGAGCUGAAAACCCGCGAGAGACCGCCAUAGCCAAGAGAGGAUGGAUCACGUCAAAGCAGCUCCGCAGGCGACUCUCCAGCAGCAGACUUAUCAGAAACUGAAGCGGAAGAUCGAAGACCUCGACAUAAAAAUUGCAGAGCAGCUGAAGCCCGUCGACGAUCACAUCAAUUUCACACUCCAUAAAGCGUACUUCAAGUGCGCGUGCGAAUGCUAUGAGACGAAGAAGAAGGGCGAGAUAAACAGCUGUAUUGAGAAUUGCGUCGUGCCGGUUCUUACUGCCAAUUACCACUACAGGAGCGAGACUGCUAAGUUUCAGGACAAGAUAAACCGGUAUCUUAAGGUUUGCCAGGACAAGUACUUUGCAGCUAUGCUUCCAACAGCUGGACCAGACGACAUGGCCACCGUGGAGUCCUGUUUCGAUGGAGCAAUCGCGAAAACCACAAAAUGGCUUCCAAACGUGGUCAAAAACCUCAAAGCAACGACUUAGAUCAGAGACGAGAUGUAGCAAGUGACCACAUGAUCAUAACAACCACCACUGCUCAUUUCCAGCAACAGGAAAUUUCUGAAUAUGGUUUUUAGGAAGCGAAAAGACGAGAUGCGCUUGAAUCGUCCUUUGACAAGCAUUCAUUUUGUAGUUAAAUGAACAUGAUGUUACAGUAAUUGCAGAUAUUUCUGUGUAGUUCUGUUUCACGACACUUCGAGCACAAUGCCAUGACCGCAAUCGAUUUGUCGAUUGCAGUGAAGGGAAUAUAAAAGGCUGGCUACUGAAAGAGUUCUAUUCAUGUUCCAUAGCUUACUGUAGAUUCUUGAACAGGUUUUGGUACUGGUGUUAAGCCUGUCAAAGGAUUCAAGUAGUUGGUUUUAUUUUCAUGUGGAAAUGGUUUGUGGGUUAAAUCGAAAUUGAAAAAAUUCGCAUUUGGUUAGAUUUGGUCCGAUCCAAUUUGGUUUCGUUAUACGAUUAAUCGAUUUGGUUGGAUUUAAUUCCGGGUCAGAUACCAUGAACAUGGCCGGUUUGGAAGAUGUCACUAAGAUUGGGGGUUGGUCCUAGAAAAAAUAAAAGAUCACGAACUCGUUUGAUAAGAGUAUGGAAAUCCAGGGACCAAAGGCGUGAAGAAAAUAAUAUCAGGUGA